UGAGGCAAGGGUGUCCACGCUACGAUUGCAUCACGUGAUCUUCCAUAGUAAGUAUAGAGCGUCAGUCGAACGUUUCCGUCAGUAGGAGGUUAGAUAAGGCCUACAGCGGCGCCCCUUGGUGGUUUUCCUGCGGGAUAGACGGACGUGGGUGCAGGAGGCGGUGCAAAGCGUGAAGGGGCCGUGGUGGUGCCGCUUCCUGUGAUGUUACAACACGUUUCAUCCGCCGCGACCCUUGUCCAUGUUUGAAGCUCCCGCCGCCCCACACGUGAGCCCCUGCGCACGCACGCCUCUCACGGUGCCGUGUAUCUAUUUUGAAAUACAACAUGCUUCCCUAACGGCUUUUGUCGCAUCAAGAUUCUCGUGUCUAUAAUCAUUCGUAAGUGAAUUAGGAUAUAUGCAGUUUGUGGAGGGGUGGAAGGUAUGUGUGAGUGGUGUGUGGCGGUGUGAAGUGUGCAUGUGGCGGCGUGUGGCAACCUGGCCACCUCGUCGCUGCUGGUGGUGGUGUUGGUGGAAGGGCCCGUCACUGACUCAGUGUUGGCUGUCUAGUGACACGCUAACAACCGUCUCUACACGCUCGUGAAAUGUUCCUCUCGCAAUACUUUACUGUGACAAUAAGUGCCGGGAUAUAUCGUGUAUUAACAGUUCACAAAUUGAUCUGAACGUGCACACACUCGUGGGGCAGCUGCGUUGCCCGUGAGCCUCGUAAUAAUACCGAAAAGUUAAGUGGAGUGACCCAUAGAGAGUAUCGGGCAGCGAGCGGUGUUGCCAAGUGUGAGGACGCUGGAUUGCCACGUCGGCAUGGAGUCUCGAUCCGGCGAGCCCCUGCAGACCCUGAGCUGCCAGCAUAAUUCUCGCCUCCGCUCGCCCACCGCCAACUCUCUGCUCAAGAAGAAGAAAAAGAGACGCAGGAGGCGCCGUCGCACCCCCAAGAGCGACACCGUAGGACGCAGUGAGGCCAAUGUCGCUGUUGGGUCGCCCACCUCCUCCCGCGAAGCCUGGACGCCGCGGCAGGGCUCCCCCGCCCCCGUGCUGCGGCCCGUGGGUGCCCAGGUGCCCCGCGCCCCAGAGAACAGCACUCAGUUCAUUAUGGACGAUCACGAGAAUUCCACGCUCUUCGUCAACUUUGACAACUUCAGCACCCCGCACUGGGAGCAGGAGCCUCCAGUCAGCGGUGCUGAGGAUGAGACGGGUGGCGGCACGCCCACGCACGCCCUCACCCGUGACUGGUUCCCCUUCAACGCCGCAGACUUCGAGACGGCGUAUCGCAGUGCUCGUGAGGACCGCCUGAUGGCGGGCAGUUCGUCAGAACUGCGGGCAGCUAUCGUGGCCCUGGAGGCUCGCGCCGCAGUGCUCACUGAUGCGCUUUCCUCCUCGCCCUCGCGCAUCGUAUCCAGGCUGCAGACCCAGCUGCUGCACCUGCAGGAGGAAAAUGCCAUCCUGAGGCAGCACCUGUCUCGCCGUAAUCAAAAGCGACGGCCCAGCCUCCAGUCGUCCUCAUCCUCCUCCACAGACAGUGACUCUGAGUCUGACUCCACCAACUCCUCCAGCGACUGUUCCGAGUCGGACUGUGACACCUGUGCCGCUCGCCGCAGACGGGCGGUGCAGCAGCAGGACGAGGAGAAGGAAAACACCUGCCCCCACCCAAUGCAGGCCUAGGACACCCUCUCCCCUCCGCCCUGCCAUCUCACCGCUCGGACGGCCUGAGAUGCCGCCGGGCCUCUGUAGGGUGUAGGGAGGCCCCGCCGGAGCCCAUUCCAAUGAACCUGCACCGCCCCGGGACCUCCGUCAGUCGCAGCCUCGCCCUCAGAGCCUCCCAGACCGCCCUCCCCGUCUCCCCCGUGACCCUGCACUGUGCACCCUCCACCUCUCCCCGCCUCACCCUAGUGACGACCCUCCCCGGGGGCGUGAUCCUCUCCCCGCAGCACCGCGCAUCCCCAGCUUGAGGGGAAAAAACAACCCCUUCCCUGGCAAACAUGUCAAGCUGUCGUGAGGCCUGGAAGGGAAGGGGCCGCCGCUACCUGCUACAGGCGCUCUGGUAGGGGCUGUGGGCUGGACCAGGCAACAACAGACAAACGCACAAAGUGACAGACCAAAGGACCAACUCACGAACGCACAGACAUUCCUUAGACUGAGUAACGGACGUACCGGUGCACACAGACAAAGACGUAACGGACAGAUACACACAUAAGACAUACACAGACACAAGGACCUACGGACAAACGGACAAUAAGCCAAGGACGAGGUAACGGACGGACGGAUGCACAGACCAGUCCCCCUCCCCCCCAACACGCUCUGUGACGGGGGAACGGACAUGCAAAGUAACCAUUUCCCUCUAUGUUUUAAUUGUCACAUGUACCGAAUCCAAGUCAAGAAGCCUUAGUCAGAACCUUUCACCACGGCCAGAGAGAGAGAGAGAGAGAGAGAGAGAGAGAGAGAGAGAGAGAGAGAGAGAGAGAGAUGAAGUUUAAGUAUGCGUGUGUGCGUGUCACAUGUGCGUGCU